AUGUGGCUACCGAAGUGUCUGGUUGGCUUAGCGCGUCCGUCCGACGUCUAUACGUGCUAUCGCCUGACUUUAUGGCUAGUCUUUGGACUAGGCAUUGUGCCCUAUUUGGUGACGACACGGCCGAAAAGUGGUCUACGAGGUUCAAUUUUUGGCUUCUUGAACAUCCUGAUCCGAAUGCUCCUCUACACAUUCAACUUCAUCUAUAGUACUAUGGAUGAGCACACGCUAUUGUCCAACUUUUUUAUAACCGAUGUUUCGAGAAUUACGGAUGGCUUGCAGAAAUUUAAUGGCAUGUUUGGAGUGCUCGCCGUGCUAUUGAGCUCGCUGCUGAUGCGGCGGCACUUUCCGCACUUGUUGGAACAGUUUGCUGAUCUGGAGAGGGAGGCUUUUCCAAGUGUGGGCAUAGGCUUUAUCCAGUCGCAUGCAGCAUGGAAAAUCAAUAGAUUGAAUGUACUGCUCUUGGGCCCAACAGUGGUAUACGUAACUGUGAGCUUUGCCAAAAUUUUCACGCGCAACGAAGUGUCCGUAUCUCUGCCAGCGGCCAGCAGCUUCUUUUCAGCCCACUUCCUAGUCUGUGCUGGGGCAAUGCUCUUUGGUGGUAUAAUGGUCAAGCUGUGCAUUUAUAUAACUGCACUGAAUGAGGUGUUGAAGAAUCUGGCAAAUCAAUGGGACUCGCGCAGCAUAAAGGCCGUGCAGAAGCAACGGUCCCUGCAAUGUCUGGACUCCUUCUCCAUGUACACGAUUGUAACCAAAGAUCCGGCUGAAAUAAUUCAAGAGUCCAUGGAAAUUCAUCAUCUGAUUUGCGAGGCUGCUGCCACGGCUAACAAGUACUUCACCUACCAACUAUUGACCAUCAUAUCGAUUGCUUUCCUCAUCAUUGUCUUCGAUGCCUACUAUGUGCUGGAGACCCUUUUGGGCAAAUCGAAGCGCGAGAGCAAGUUCAAAACUGUCGAGUUUGUCACGUUCUUCUCUUGCCAAAUGAUCCUUUAUUUGAUUGCCAUCGUCUCGAUUGUGGAGGGCAGCAAUCGGGCCAUCAAGAAGAGUGAGAAAACUGGUGGCAUUGUGCACUCCCUGCUGAACAAAGCCAAGAGUCCCGAGGUCAAGGAGAAGCUACAACAAUUCUCCAUGCAGAUAAUGCACCUUAAGAUCAAUUUCACCGCAGCUGGUCUGUUCAAUAUUGAUCGCACCUUGUACUUUACGAUUAGCGGCGCCCUCACCACAUACUUAAUUAUAUUGCUGCAGUUCACAUCCAAUUCGCCCGGCCACCACUCCAACUGCUGCGAGGCGCAUAAUUCUACGCAUCAGGCGGCGAAUCAAACGCUUUAGGCGAUUCCGUCAACAAGCUGCUCAGUGGACUGAGUCCUGUGCUGGAGAUUGAGGUUAAGGUUGGGGCAGCGCUGCUCUGCGAUGCUGCCUGAAAUUCUAUACGUCCAACUGGGUGCACGUGUAUUGUUAGCAAAUAGUAAUGAGUUUUUUUCGAUGUUGUCGCU